AGGUGGAGGAUCGCGCGCCUCCAGGUGCGGCCGCCGCUGCUGCUGCUCCGUCGGCUCGGCCGUCCCCACCAUGGAGCGCGAUCGGGGCCCGCGGGGCUCGGCGGUGGACCUGGGCUUCGGGGCGCUCAGCACCGCGCAGCUCCGCGCCCUCAUGCGGGACGAGACGUGGCUGGAGCGCAUCGUCAAGCUGAGCAGGAAGUUCCAGAACUUGCAGUUGGAACGGGAGAGGCGCCUGGCCUCCAACUACGCCUUGGCCAAGCAGAACCUGGCACUGCAACCACGGCUGGAGAACGGCAAGGCCUCCCUGGCCAUCAAGUAUCAGGAGCUGAGGGAACUGCGGGAGACAUGCCGGGACAAGCAGCAGCGUCUGGGGGCCUGCAUGGCCAAGUGGACCCCCGAGAAUGCAGUGAGCAGGCUGCAAGCUGAGCUGGACGGCGUGGAGGCCAAGGUGGAGGAGCAGAUGGAGCAGUUUCUCUGCUGGGACCUCCCCGUGGAGACCUUUGUGGAGUCUUUCCAGCACGCCCGAAUGCUCUCCCACCUGCGCCGCACCCAGCUAGAGAAGCUGCAGAGUGCCCUCAAACUGGAGAAACUGGAGAAGGCCAAGGACAAGCCCAGCCCCGGCAGCGAGGAGCCGCCCGCCGUCUCCCCCGCCCUCCCAGUGCCAGCGCCGCCUCCGCCCCCACCUUCGGCCCAAGCCCCUCCUCCAGCGCCAAACGGGCCGCCCCCCAAGGUCUUCCAGCUGCGCUUGGCGCCAGCGUUCCUCAUCCCCUCAGAGGCCGUGCUCCCCAUCCCGGUGGGCACCGGCCCCCAAAAGUGCUGCCUGCCGGCCCUGGCCACCUCGCACCCUGCCGCUCCCUUUGUGAGCUCGCCCUUGAGCCUGAUUGGACACAUCCACCUGGCGCAGGCCCACCUGCCUCCCCAGCAGAAGAAGAAGGAGCCGCCACACCGGUAGCCGACCGCAGCUGACGGACCGUUUUUACCGGAGCCUCCGUCGCGAGACGAGACGGGCCAGGGUCCGGGGCGCGGCGCCGCCAGCACCCCCCGACCUGCCAACCACUCUGCCCGCCCAGACUUGCCCGGAGCUGGGGCGUUGGGGUGGGGCAGGACUAUGGCAGCUACAGGGGGGUGUCCUAUAUGAUUUAGACGCUCGGCGCUGUCUCUGUCUCCCAUCUCUUGGGGCUGCCUGGCCGGCUGGGGCUAUCAAACCUUAUUGUAAGUAUAGGUGCCGGAGGGCCGGGGGGGGGCUGCCCUCCCCCAUCAUUUAGAAAUAAGGGAAAGUCUAUAUUUAGCUCCACCCCUCUCCUUUUUUGUGGGGGGGCCCUAUGACCAUUCUGCACCCAUUCGACGCCAGAAAGAGCAUAGGAGCCAACUCUCGGGGGCCGAGGUCCCUUCGUCGUCGUCCCCAUAAAAUAUUUGAGGGGGCCCCCCAAAGUUGAUAGGCAUUGCCAUUUAAAUGGUGUGCGUGUGCCGCGUCUUGUGAUCGAUUAUGCGGGGCGGGGUUUACCUGAGCCCCCCGAUAUUUUAUCCCAUUUGGCACCCCUGAGAGAGAGAGAGACUUGCAGGCUGCCCCCCCAUCCUGCUUUGAGGCGGCUGGCUCUGGGUGGGAACGCCUGUACUCCAGACCCAGCCCACAAACAGAACUUCCCCUAUAUAGCACAAGUGUCUCCAUUUUGGAAGCCAGAGGGAAAGACCGAGAAAAGGGGUAGAGUAGAGCACAUUUGGGAUGGGGGUGUGGGGUGAAGGGAGUUGGGCACAGGCAGAUAUUCUGUUGGUGGGGUGUGUGGUUGUUUUUUCUGAGCCAGAAGCUGAAUUCUCCUUCUCCCCCUCUCCUCCUCACAAUAAUUUGUAUGUUGGGAGUGAGGUGGGGGGGGCAGCUUCUGAGGUAGAACUGGGAGGGCUAAUUUGGGGGGUUGGGGGGCAAGGGCUGAGGUUGCGAAGCACAGGGUAGGACAUGAAGCCCAAAGUUAGGCCACGGCUAGAGGAUGGGUUUGUGGAACCAGCACACACGGAUUCAACAGGGUAUGGGGUGUGGGGCUCAGCCAGGGUCUGGGGCGGGGGGGAGGGCGGGGUGGAAUUUGUCUUUCCGGAAGACGUAGGGCUGAGCGACACACACACAAAAAAAACUGGGGCGGGGUGGGCCAGGUGAGGAUGUAUUUUUGAGCCGUUUUAACUUGAAUGUGCUUGCAAAAAUUUGAAUUGUCAGCAUCGGGGGGAGGCUGCAGCGAGAAGGAGGAUUGAACCGGAAAACUUAUUUGUGUUUUUUUAAAAAAAAUAUAUAUCCAGAGAGUCUCAAGUGCUCCCUCAUGGAAGAGGUGGUUUCUGUGUCUCUGCAUGAGUCACUGGCCCAGUUUUCUUCUCUUGUUAAGGCUCCUCAGGAGCUGGUACAAGUGAGUCAUUCGGUCACUGCCGAGGGAACCAGAAAGCAGUAUUCUGACCUGCCAGCAGAUGAGGCUGCCUGCCGCUUCUCUGCAUGAGCAAUUUGUAUGAAGUGUCUCGAAAAACGUUUUUAAAAAGAGCGAAACAAAUCUUGAAAUUUGCGUUCAGCUGUCAGAAGGUCCCCACUUUUUGGUGACGGGCGGUGAGAUUUUUAUUUCAGCUCUUGCAGAUGGGGCAUGCCCUGUCAUCUGGAGACAGACAGCUGAGAUGGGUAAGGAUGAGUGCAGCUGUCGCACCUCUGACUGUGCCAUCCCUGGUGUAGAAAGAGCGUUUGGGCUGUCCCUGGGUAAGCUGGUGAGAAAGGUACGGCUGUGAGAGAUGACUGUGGGGAGCCUGCUCAGGCAGGGGACGACUUCUCCCCUCUUCCAUGGGGCAUGACGUCCCUGUGACUGAUCCCACUUUGGGAGAGGAGGACGGCAGCGCCCUCCACCUCUGGCUGGUUGCUGGAGUGAUUGUGUAGCAGGAGGGAUUGUGUACCAGGGCAGCUCCUCCAAUCCAGCGCUGAGAAACCAGCCCCUGAUGUAGAGAGCCAGGCGGUCUGGGACAGUGAGAGGAAGAAAGCAGCUGGAGGCCUGGAGGAACCUUCUUUCUUUGCUUGAACCCAGGCAGGAGCAUGGCACGGCAGCUAUGAUGAAGGGAAUGCACUCUGCACACGCUCAGAGGCACUGUCAGCAUUCCACAGGUCCCUAUGCUGAAAGCACAUCCAGUUGCUUUGCCUUGCUAGAUUACUCCAGUUCAAAUGAACCUCUGGCCAGCCUAGUUUUCCUUCUACACUGUAUGAUCCCUGACCCCCCUCACUGCUGCAGCCGCCAGGUUCUCCAGUCACAGAGUCAUUACAACCACCUAUUUUCCCUCCGCAAGGAACGGCUGCAAAAUCCAGUUCCUGGAGGAGGAAAUGUAGAGGAUUGGGCACUGAGUGGUUGUGAUUCAGGACCAUCUGAAACCACCACUCUAGAGGGCAUAUUCCAGGGAGCUGAAAUGAAACGCCUAUUUAAUUUUCAUAAAAUUUAUCCUCCGCUUGAUUGUAAGGAAAACCUUGAAGCGGUAUACAGUGUUUGAUGAGGUCUGAAUCCCAAAUGUCAAGCUUGGUGGAAUUUGGCAGAAGCAAAGCCAGUUUGCAAAAAUAAAGGGGGGGGGGCUGAAUUAUUGGUAGGAAAUGGAAUCAUAGAAUGGAAGAGUUGGAAGGGACCAGAAUAGGGAGGCUGCAGCCCUCCAGAUGGAGCCAGACGCCGGCUCCCAUCAUCAUCGUCCCUGACUACUGGUCAUGCUGGCUGCUGGGAGUUGGACUCUAGCAUCUAGGGGGCACCAGGUUGGCAGGCUUAUAUCAUGGCACUCCGGAGGGCCCCCCUCCCUGGCUUUGCAGUAGUUAUGGUGGCCCCUGAUCUUGAAUGCUGGAAUUGUCAGGACUGACACUGAUUAAAGAAAGUCCUUUUUUGUGCAGUGCAAGGUUGAACUGUGGAACUCCCUGCUACAGGAGGCAGUGAUGGCCAGCAGUCUAGAUGGCUUUAAAAGAGCAUUAGACAAAUUCAUGGAGGAGGAGGAGGACCAUUGAUGACUACUAGCCAUUAUGGCUAGUUAGGGCUUCCACAGUUAGAGGGCCAGGAAUGCUUCUAAAUACUGGAAAUUACUGGAAAUCCCAGGAGGGGGAGAGGCUCUCAGGUCCUGCUUGCAGGUUUUCCAUAGGCAUCUAGUUGGCCCCCUCUAAAAUAAAAGGCUGAUGGGAUAGAAGGGCCAAUGGCCUGAUCCAGCAGCCUCUUCUUAGUUCCUCUGUUGUUAGACUUCAUCUCCCUUCAUCCCUGGCCAAUGGCUAUGCUGUCUAGGCCUGGUGGGAGUCUAACAACACCCGGAGGAAGGCCACAGAUGUUCGCCCUCCACUCUGGUUUUAUAGGCUGGCUCUCUGAAACCUGCUAGUCCAGAGCCCUGCUGGAUCAGGCUGAAAGUCCACAGCGUUCAGCGUUCUGUUUCCACUAGCAGCCAAUCAGAUGCCUUUGGGAGGCCCACAACAGAAUUCCCGGCUGGUCAUUUCCAGUGGGACAACUGCAACUCAGAGGCAGACUACCCCUGAACCUGGAAUGUCUCUUCAGCUGUUGUGACGGAUGGCUGACGAUAUACCUCUCCAUCCAUGAAUUUGCCCAAACUCCAUGUUUUAACUGGAAAUGUAACAGAGGGUGUUGCUUUAGAAAAUCCGGUGGGUGGGGGCGGGAUGGCUCCAUUUGCAGAGGAAAUCUGACAUUCCAAAAUUUGUCUGAAACCUUCUAAGUUGUCUCAGCUCCCAAGGAAGGAGAGGAGGAAAGCAGGGGGCCAUUGGGCAAUUAUAUUUUAAUUCAUUUAAAUGCAUGCAAAUGUAACACGGCUGGUUUUCUAGCAUCGAUACAGAACAGUUUUCCUAUUUGAUGGCCAGGUUAAAAAAUAUAUACAACCACCUGGGUUGAGCUUUGAAAGAGCCCCA